ACGUGACUAUACAUACAGGCUCUUUCAUGUUGAUCUUUAAAAGUCAUCGGAUCGGCCCAAUCAUCGGAACUAUGUCGGCACGCUGGACUAGACAGAGCUUUAUCCCAACCAUGCAAUAUAUCGCUGUUCGAUGUCUUAUCACGUUGCUUUAAACUUUCAAUAACCGACCCGCUCGAGAAGGACACACUACAGUUUUCCUAAUCGACUGUGCUUGAGAGAGCGCAGCACAUCAUCAUUCAUCGGCUGUUAUCAAUCACUAUCGAUCAUGGGGAAACACACACAAGCACACCCUCGCACAAAAAAACAUACUUUCAUAAGAUUAUACGUCUAAACCUAAGUCUCGCCGGGAAUAUUUUGUCACCAAGACAUAUGACUCUGUACAAAUAUGUGUAAGAUGCAAAAUGAAUAAGAACGUGUCAAAAGUAAGCGAAUCCAGUGUCCCUUUUGCUUUCGGUUAUUUUUUUGCUCAAUGACAAUGAACAUAAAUGUGAUAAAUCUCAAUGGAUUAUCUCUUAAUUAAUUGGCUCAGUUUCAUGCUAAAUUUUUAUUUUUUGACUUCGAAAUAUUUUUGAAGUAAGUGGUCACAAUGGAGAGCAGAAAAAAUUAUUGGAAUACACCUUGCAUUUAUAUAUUCAAUUUAAAGUUUGGUUUAGUCGUGUUAAAUGCUCUCAGUUCAUUUGCUGUCGUAUGCUUUGAUCUGAAGGCGUGUCUAAAGUUUCAUAAGGUCUAUCCGGAAGUGGUAACUACUAUACCGAAGCAAAAAGCUGUUAUAUUUUAUGGAGAAAAGGAAGUCAACUAUGGAACUCCAAUGACUAUUAAGGAAGUUGAACACGCUCCAAGUGUGACAUGGGCAGCAGAUCCACAAUCAUUGUACACUUUGAUUGUGACAGAUCCAGAUGCGCCUUCAGAAACAAUGCCAUAUAUUAAGGAGGAUUGCUUUUGGUGGGUUGCAAACAUCAUGGGAAACAAUAUAUCGACAGGUGAUUCAUUCGUCGGCUACAAACCACCGCACCCAUCAUCUAGACCAGGUUCUCAAGCUUAUGUUUUUGUCGUCUACAAGCAGCUUGGUCAUGUGACGUAUCUAACAAAUACAAUCGUAGAUGAGGAUCAAACAGAGAAUGAUUUAUUUAGGGUAGCAACAGUAGCAAAAGCUUACAAUUUAAGUGACCCUAUUGCUAUCAAUUUAUUUCAAAUACGUCACCCAGGAGGAGGAAAACCAGCAGGUCCUGAAGACUGUCCACCAUACGUGUCUCCCACGCCCCAUCCUCCAGAAGAUCAUGGAAUUUAAUUCACAUUAAAGACAUAGUAAGUUCCUGGAUAGCGUUUUAAGUUUUGGCUACAAUUUUCUUCACCUUGUAAUGAUAGCAUUUGAUAGUUUUAGAAAUAUGAGGAUUUUUUUAUAAGCUCUGAUUUGAAAUAGUGACGUUAUUUCUAUACAUAAUCUUCAUAGAUAAAUAUCCAAGUAAAGUUCUACUAAUCUUUGCCACGCGUGAUAAUUUCAAUUUCAAAUUCUUCCUAUUUUAAUGUAAAUGAAGAGCGAAAAAAUUCGUGAUAAUGAUUGAAAUUGUCCUUAAAAAAGAUUAAUGAACAUUUAUGAGUUUCAUCUAUUUAUGUACGGUUUUCUGAUGUCCCUCUACCUCGGGAAAUUUUAAUGGUGACCAGGAAAAAAGCCAGUCUUUGCGGACGCAAGUUUAUUCUGAAUGAUUCGAAUUACAGGCAAUUGUACAUUUAGGAGUAUAGUUUCUACUUGUUUGAUGUUUUAUACGUAUCAAUGAACCACUACCCAAAUUAAAUGUUGAAAACACUCACGCAACAAACAUUAUCGCAUCGAAAACUCUGAGAAUAACCUCUCGAUAAGUUAUUUAAUUCUAGUCAUAUAAGUUGUUAUCUCUUCGCCAACUCUUUGAAUUGAUGAGCUGAUGAGUUAUUUAAAAAAAAAAAUGAGAUGAAUUAGUUUCAGAAGGUAUGCAUUCCAAUUAAAAACAUUCGUUUUAAGAUCGCUUACGCAUUUAAGCUUUUUAUUUGCAAUAAUAUUUUUUUGGUAUGACAAUUACUUUCUGAGUCAUGAAAGGUGAAUGUUUUUUACGUGAAAUUUUUCGUAACAUAAUGAAGUUGUAUGAAUAAUUCCGUGUGUUUUUAAAAACUAUUACUCAAUCGAUCAGCUUAUUUUCUUCAAAGUAUAAUGUGAGAAAAUAUGCGUGGGUGAGAUGAGUCCUAUUCUGUGUAUUUCAGAAUGUUCAGAGAAUAAGCCAAUUAGAGUCCAUUACCUUUUCUGCAAUUUUUCCUAAUGGGCAUUUACGUAUGAAAAUGUUUACAUUUAUGCUCAAACUCUUAGGAUUUUCUCACUGUCUUCAUGUUCGGAAAAGAAACACAAUGGGUCUAUUCUAAGAAGUUUUGAAGCAUUUUCUUUAAUUUAUUAUUUAAUUAAUACUUAGCGCCAUUUUUUCGUACAUACUUUUGAAUAAAUGUUUACCUCGUGUGUCCACACUCAUACGUUAUAGUUUCAAUAGCAGUAAAUAAGAUUUUGGAUGUCAUAAAAUAGAACGAGUAAAUGGGAGGGGUCACACUUGAUGUGAAAACUUUUAUAGUUUAUAUCCUCGUAAAUGCGGAACAGUGGAGUUUAAAAGUGGUUCAAUCAGUUUUCUUGUAAAAUAUUCUUGAAAAUACCACGUCUUAAAAAGAAUUAUGUUACGAAAUAAACAUCAAAAUCUGCAGUUAGUAAAAAUAAAAAUGAUGUUCAAUCUCUAA